AUGCGAGGCAAUGACAGGAAACUUCUACAAAUCCUGUUACUAUGGGCGAUUAUCACCGCGAUUAUUGUUGCCUAUGUCGAAACAUGUGGUAUGGAGCAGGAUGAAUCUGGCAAUAGUGGCUUUCAUAUACAGCUGACCCCACAGGCCUCAUCAUCUCCAGCAUUCCUUCCCGUCGAAAAACAAGAGGCAAAACCUCACCCCCCUCCAACAGAAGCAAUCACCAUUCACCGUACCGAAACACAUAAGACUACGAAGACAACGAUAUCUACUAUCCCAAAGAAUGCCUCUCCGAAGAAGGCCCCAAAGAAAGCUGCUCGGACGAGAGACGCCACAUAUCACCAACCUCCUUCUGGUCAAGAAGGCCAUAUUACUAGAAUUGCUUCUGGCUGUGAAGGCAAGACCAAGACAGAGCUAGAGCAAAUUUUCAAAGAUGAGAUUACACCCAUGAAUCCAGACCGUCUACACUUGCACCAAACACCAGAUUAUGGCAACUUGCACAACGGGGAAUACGAAUAUAAAUACUUCAACAAGCCAUUCGGCUUGCGUCAUUGGUUUGAAAACGUACUGGGAUACCCCGAGAACCAUGCCGAACACGACGAUUCCAUUGUGAUUGUAUUGGAUCCCGAUCAGAUCUUGCUACGGCCGUUCACCAAUGACUUUUCCAACAGUUCUGAAACAUGGAGACUUCCAGAAAAGAGGCGACAUAAGCUGAAAGUAGAGCAUGGAUCCCCAUUUGCGCAACAGUACCAGUAUGCCUUGGGAUGGAUGGAGCAGGUUGACCAAAAGUUUGUCUUUCAAGGAGGACCAUCACCGGUCCUGAAGCUCGACAAGAAAGAAGCGGAUGACUAUUACUAUGGCAUGGGUCCACCAUAUAUUGCAACGGCGAAGGAUAUGUAUGCCAUUGUCAAGACAUGGUCGGGCAUUGUUCCCCGCGUUCACGAAAACUUUCCCGAGUUGAUGGCGGAAAUGUACGCCUUCAACAGUGCCGCGGCUCACUUGGGAUUACGCCACACGAUAGCCUGUUCUUUUAUGGUUUCCGACAUUGCCGCAUAUGGAGAAGGCUGGCCUUUGUUGGACAAGGUGGAAGCCAAGGAUGUUUGCCACAACUAUCCACAGUCAGAAUACCCACAUGUGAUUCAUUACUGCCAACGCUAUGGGAUUGGAAAAUGGUUCAUGUCCAAGUACAAAGUUCGAAAAGACCACAUAUCCUGCCAGGCACCACUCUUCAAGAACCCUCCAGCAGACGUGGCAAUCAAGUAUACCAAAAGCAUAUAUCCGAAUAAGGAAGUCAAGAAGAUGAACAAGAAAGAGCGAAAGGAGAGCGCCUUUAUGGUAUGUUCCAUGAUUAGUGCACUGAACGAAGCGGCAAUCUACUACAAGGACAACAAUUGUGACAAGGCUACAGCAAAUUACAACUACACAUUUACAUUCUUCAAGGAUAUGAGAACGGACGAGGACAAGAAACACUGA